UAAGCCUAACAACAUGCUCGAAGUGCUGAUGCUGGAAUCCCUAGUAGGGCGAUCGAUAUUUUUCUCAGACAGAACUGAAUUUAUUAAGAGUGAGUGUGCCGUAUGGCUGGAUAAUACAUUAGUUGAAUAAUAUCUUCCCAGGAGACGCCAGCGUGCGCGGCUUAUUCAUCGGAGCCGUACAUUCAGUUGAGUCACUUUUUACGACUGGGUAGGAAGAGGCAGCUGCACUGGACGUGGAGCGUAACAUCUAUUUUACAGGGGAUCCAAAACACCCACCAUCCUAAGAGAGAAAAAAUAUGGUGGAUUAUUACAGCAGUAGUGCCAUGGAUGAACACUUUCCACCCUCAGAAGACCGUUUCAGUCGGCGUGUUGGUUCCCGUCAGAGUGCCGGAGCAGGCGGGCGUAUCAGCCCCACACAUAGUGCCCAUGGGAGUCUCAUACGCUCCAGCAUCAUUCGCAUCAGUGAAGAAAAACGUGCCAAGAAAGUGCGAUUCUACCGCAAUGGUGAUCGCUUCUUCAAAGGAAUGAUAUAUGCUGUGUCGCCUGAGCGUUUUCGGACUUUUGAAUCUCUUUUGGCUGAGCUGACGAGUAGUCCGCUGUGUGAUAAGAAUGUGCUUCCUAGUGGUGUGCGCCAUGUUUUUUCCAUUGAUGGAUCCAAGAAGAUAACACAUCUUGACCAGCUGGAGGAGGGAGAAAAUUAUGUUUGUGCAUCAACAGAUGCAUUUAGAAGAGUUGAUUACUCUAAAUGCUGGACGCCCAAUUGGAAUCCCAAUGUCCGCAGCCCGGCAACUGGGCAAGCUCAUGAGGGAGCCUCAGCGUCCAAUACCCCCGCCCCUCCAAGGCCAGAAACACAGGAUGAGUUCAAGAAUUACAUACGACCAAAGUUGGUCACCAUCAUACGCAAUGGAACAAAACCGAGAAAAGCCGUGAGGAUUCUUUUAAAUAAGAAGACUGCUCACUCCUUCGAACAAGUCCUGAAUGAUGUUACUGAGGCAAUCAAACUGGACACUGGUGCUGUGAGAAAGAUUUUCACUUUGGAUGGAAGACAGGUGACUAAUUUGUCUGACUUAUUCAAAGAUGACAGUGUGUUCCUGGCCUAUGGACCAGAGCGAUACUCCAUGGAUGACUUUGACCUGGAUGACAAUGAGGUGAAGUUUGUAAGUGCCUAUCGGUCAGUGAGGCAGAAGGAACGCGUGACCUUAAGGUCACCAAGGACACCUCGAAGGUCACUUUCAUCAUCAUCAGGAAAGGUUAAUGAAGCUGGUCUUCGUUACACCCUCCGUUCUAGUCCUGCUGGCUCUCCAGUCAUGCAGCGGAAACAGAAGCCACCUGUGCCAGCCAAGCCAUCCUUGAAGACAAAUGGAAUAAAUGGAGGACAAAAUGGCAUCCCAGAGGAGUUGCUGGAAAAAUACAGAAUUGGCAACGUCAUUGGCGAGGGAAAUUUUGCAGUUGUCAAAGAGUGCACAGAGAAGUACAACAAGAGGGAAUAUGCUUUGAAAAUCAUCAGCAAGAACAAGGUGAAGGCCAAGAAACAAAUGAUUGACAGCGAGGUGUCCAUUCUGAGAAUUGUGAAGCACCCAAACAUCAUUCAGCUGCUGGAGGAAUAUAGCACAGACAGAGAACUUUACCUGGUCAUGGAACUAGUCAGGGGUGGUGAUUUGUUUGAUGCCAUAUCCUCAGCCACAAAGUACACAGAACGUGAUGCCAGUGGGAUGAUGUACAACCUAGCUAGUGCCCUAAAGUAUCUCCACUCUCUUAAUGUGGUACACAGAGAUAUUAAGCUGGAAAAUCUUCUGGUAUUUGAGCAUGAAGAUGGCAGUAAAUCGCUAAAACUUGGAGACUUUGGACUGGCAACAUUUGUGAAGGGAAAGCAGUACACAGUAUGCGGAACCCCCACUUAUGUAGCCCCAGAGAUACUGGCAGAGACUGGCUAUGGCUUGAAGGUUGACAUGUGGUCAUCUGGAGUUAUCACCUAUAUUCUGCUGUGUGGUUUCCCACCUUUUGUCAGUCAAUCCAAUGACCAGGAUGAGUUGUUUGACAAGAUAAUGGAGGGGACAUUUGACUUUCCGUCUCCAUACUGGGAUGACAUAUCAGAAUCUGCUCAGGACCUGAUCGAGGGUCUGCUACAGGUCGACCCAGGGACACGUAUGUCUGCAACACAGAUGUUGGAGCACCCGUGGGUUGCUGAUGACACGGCGCUGGACAAUGACAUGCACACCUCGGUUGCCAGGAAACUAAGCAUGCACUUUGAGAAAAGGCAAUCAAAAUUCCCAGAGCUUUCUCCAGGAGUCAAACUUGUCGCUAUGACUGCUUUGGACAAAGGUUCUCGGUUCUUUGAGGGCAGGGGUCAUUCACCUGUCCGCCAGCUCCAGCCGGUGGUCAAGCAAAACGGAUAUGACGACUACGAUGAUGACGAGAUCUUUUAAGUCUUUUAUUAAGACUACCAUAAUUAAGUUAUUUUACAACAUGUCUUAAUUGAGGAAAAAGAUAUUUUAUGACUGGUACUUUUGUAAGAUACAAAUGUCUCAGUUCAAAUGUAAUGUUCUAACAUAAUGUAACAAAUAGGAUGAAGGCACCAAUUGUUGGUACCUUUAUGAAUAAUGUCACACAAAGUCAAAUUUAAUUUAGAAAAAUUUCGGAAAUUAAAACAACCCUUGUAUAUCUAUUUGGACUGAUGAAUGACUGAGCCUUUAUCUGGCUUGAUGUCUGUUUGAUUUACCAAAUGUAACUAAUAUAGCUGGAAGAGACCUCUCUGUAAACUGAAAAGGUGAAAGUUAUUAAACCUGUUGACAAGCAAAUUCAUUGAAUUAAAAGCCUUUGAACUGAGAGGUUUGUAUCAUACUCAAGUACGGUAACAUGAUAUUUUUACUUUGAUGAAGUACUGAAUUUUGAAAUGUAAAAAGUUUGUGAAUGUAGUUGGUCCUCUGUUGAAUUUGUAGGGACUGCUCAUGGCCUCUAUGCCUUUCAGGCAUAAAUGAUGAAUAAUGAUGUGUAGAAUAAAAUGAUAGCAAAAUCAUUUGUAGAAUGUAGCAGAAGGCAGUGCUCGUUUUAGGUACUAUGUUUAUAAGAAGGAAACUGAACCGGUGAAUGGAGUUGAGCAGUAUUAACUCAUGUUGUAAAAUAACAUGUAAAAAUAUUUACACACUUCGGAUAUUAUAUUUAAUUAGAAGUUGAUGUGCACUGCCAUACAAACAAAGCUACAUCUUAGAGUAGUAUAUAUUGUGGCAAUAUGUUCAAGUGGUCUUGAUAAAAUCUCUGGGUAAAAUUUGGAUGACCAAGAGUCAGAUUUGCAGCCUAGGAAAAUCUUAUACCUAAGUGUCCAUUAUAAGUGUCAGCUUUCAAUGACAAGUGCUUUUGCAAUUUUAAAAAAAAUUUGCACUUCAUGGGGUAUAGGCAAAGCUUUAAGUCUUGCUAAUCACUUUUUAUUUUCACCAGGAGGAUUGCAGGGUAGAAAUCAAACUGACACAAGUUGAUGCACAACUGAGACAGAAGCAGUACAGCUAAACUUACAUUUUGCAAUGUGUGCUAGAUUUCAAAGAGAAUCAAAGCUUUUUCUCCAUUUAAAUGAAGGCUAUGAUUAAAGAAAGCUGGGGCCUCCGCUGAAGAGAGAACACUCUGGCAGUGAGGGUACCUCACUCUUCAUCAUUGCAACCUUUUUGGGAGCUUUUUUUCUAAUCUUUGAAAAGCUCUUUGCAUGUUUUUUGCAACUAUUAUGACUCCAAAGUAAACACUUACACUUUGAUCUUUGAAAUCACUCUGGGAAGGUAUUUUCAUCACAAUUACUUUAAAUACAUUAUACACAGACAUUAGAGUGAGACUUAUGAAGAUGCUUCCUACUACUAAAACUAUGAAGAAUUAAGUCAGCCUUCCUAAGUUUCAGGUACCAGAAUGUCCUGCUGUUUCCAAAAAGUUCUACCUCAGUGAAGAAAAUUUAUCUAAUUUUGAGGAUCUUCAGAAUUGUUUUCCGUAUCAACCAAGAAUUGUUUGGCAGUGCCUCUUAUGUGCAUGUACCUCAAAGUACUCAAUGUACCCACCAGGAUGUAUUUAACAAUGACAUGACAGUUCAAAGUUGAAGAAUCUCGCAUACUCCAAGUGCAAUAUGUACAUAGCAGGCUUUUGUCAGCCGUGGAUGUAAUAUACCCUUAUUGUAUAAUUUGUAAAAGUGGAUGUUAUUUUGUCUUUAGAUUUACAAUUGUAAAGCAUAGAAGACGAUGCUGCUUGAGGUCUGCUCUGUGCAAGAAACCAAGGAAAACUUCUCAGCAUUUUAUCGAGUCUCAGAAAUGGAUUGUCUGUCUCUAACAAGUUUUAACUUGUUAAAACAAGAAAAAAAUUAUAUAUAAAUUCAAUAUCUGUCUCAUUAUCUGCCAGUUUAAUUUUGCUUAUGUUGUUUUAUAUAAUAUAUGACCUGUGAUCUGUUGUCUUACGUGUCUUUGUUUGUAUAAUAAUCAGCAUUGUUUGCCUGCCAUCAAGACAGUAAAAUAUUAUUUUAGGACCAUAUAGUCUCAGUGCUGCAACUUUUGUAUUUGGGCACCCUUAUAGGGGUGUUGGUAAUUAUAGUCUUUGAAGACAAAAUACACUUGGAAACAAAGCUUUUUACAUUGAUCCAUGUUGUACAGACAUGUAAAGCUACAGCAAUGUUAUGUUUAUAAUGUGUGACUAGAUUUUAGUCAGUGAGUUUUAGACUUAUCAUCAGAUUUAUUUUUACUGAUUUUAUAUGAUAUGUUACGCAUGUAAUGUAAAAGUUAAGCAUCUUUGGACCAUUUUAGACUUCUUCACGAGGAUUUAUUGAUAUUGUGCCUAUGGUUUUUGUAGGUUUGUCUCGUAUUAACUUGAAUAGGUUUAUUGCCUUACUGUGAAAUUGUGUAUUUGUUUUAAAAACCCUCAAAUUCAGUUCCAUGACAUUUUGAAAAAUAUUUAUACAUUAGAUAUAUUACUGUUUUAUCUG